AGAACCGAGAACUUUUCACCAUGGGUGACAGCAACCAGGCCACUACUCCCGGCUUCGACCGCGCCGCCAACGCUCCCGAUGCCGCUGCUCUGGAUAAGGGUAAGGGUCGGGCUACCGAGCCUACCCACGACGAGAACCUAGAGGAGGAGGAUAGCGACGAGAGCGAGAACGAGGAGAUGGCUGAAGACGACAAUGAUGAAGACGGCGAUAACCUCGAGCCCAUAUCUGAGGAAAACAUUAUCUCGGGUGGCCGUCGUACUCGCGGCAAGAUCGUUGAUUAUCAGGCGGCAGCCGAGAAGCUCAAGGCCGAUAACAUGAUGGACGACGACGAGGAGGACGACGACGAGGAUUAUGAGGGUGGGGAAGACGACGAGGAUACCGUCAUGCGCGGCUGAAAUGCACGAUCUCUUAAUGACUCGGACAAGACUAUCAUACCACCAUUACCAUAGGGGCGGCGAGUGUGAACGGGCAAUUGGUUGACAGGCGCAGGCAGGAUUUGGGGGGUCUUCAUCGGAUUCGUUAACGUCGGGGUUUGUUUGGCUAUUUAAUCAAUGCUGGCUUUUUUUCCCGGCUUGGGAUAAAAGAUUAUUCUACAAAUGUUCCUGUGUCUGUCCGCGCAGAGAUCUUUGCUAUUAUGUGCAUGCACACAUCAUCGGGGCCAACAUGAGUUUACAGAUCUCGCCUCGCGAUUGUAUUAGCAUAAACUCCAGUUCGGUCAAUUAGUGAGAGGAUACUUGCAGUGAUUGCAGCA